AUGACGUCACGACGCAACCAGCUGCUUCAGCCCUCUAGCAGGGCCAGGCUGCACAAUCAACCCCUGCACAUACAUGCCCUCAUCCUUUCCUCUUCCCUUCCUUCAGUUGCAGCUACCUCUACACUUUCGGCUCCACCCGCUCCAGCAGCUCCUUCUUUUAUAUUUCUUCUCUCAGCCACCUCCAGUCCUGACGUUACCACAGCAACAGUUGCACCGAGCCAUGGUGCUCCCUCUGAUGGACCCACUCAAUUUCCUACUGUUCUAUCCCUGUUCCCCUCCCUUCACCAACACCCAAAUGUUUUUUCUGUGUCUUCAGCACCCCCGUCGCCGAUCCCCUCGCUCCAGCCGUGGUUAACUCUGUGCUGCGCGAGCACUUUUAUUCCGGCCUCCGCCACUCCGCCCCUCCAUGGCCUACAAAGCCAGGCUUUCCAGUUCUGCACAGCCUCCAGUUCCACCACCGCUCCAGCCAACUCCCUUGCGGGUUCCCUACCCAGCACCCCCCACACUGGCACACCGAUGAUUCCAGCCUGCGAUCCUACGAUGCAGCAACAGACUGCUUCAGCCCUAGCUAGGACCAGGCUGCACAAUCAACCCCUGCACAUACAUCCCCUCAUCCCGACAUCCUUUCCUCUUCCCGUCCUUCAGCUGCAGCUAUCUCAGCGCUUUCAGCUCCACCCGCCCCCGCAGCUCUUUUCUUCUCUUUCUUCCAAUAGCCACUACAGGUCCUGCUGUUACCUCAGCCACAGUCGCACCGAGCCACGGUGCUCCCUCUACUGGAUCCACUCCAUUUCCUCCUGUUCUAUCCCCUUCACUCAACGUCCUGACCCUCUCCUGCUUCACCACCUUCGCCCGUUCCAUUCUCAAGAUUAAAUCUUCCCCAAUACACGUCUACACCAGCCGAACUGACGUCUCCAUAAAACUGUCCUCAGGGGUACCAUACCUAGCCUUGUUUCACACACACUUCGGCAUGUUUUCUGUAAGUCCAAACCACAUCUUAUGCCAAACGUUCGCCCCUCACUUCAGACUUCCUGGCCCACUACCAAACUCUCCGCACAGGCAACCUGUCUCCCCACAUCAACAAAGUCAGUCCACAUUCCUAACUGUACUCUGGCCAAUUCUUCCGCAGUGGAGCCACUUCAAUCGACUGCUAGUCUUCCCAAGACUCCAUACCUACCUCAGCGACAUUCAAAGAGCCCGUUCUCACUUAGUCCAAUGAAGUUAACUUUGAGGGAUGACGAAGCAGAAAGCUUGUCGAGACAUGUCCCCCACCCUGAGUCUCAACCCCAGGGUUUCUAGACGCUCCAGCCUCUUUGUGAUUCCAUUUGGUACCUGGUCAUCUCCAUGCCAUCGACCCCCUUCAUCCCUCUCCUCGACCCCAUCAUCCCACCAUACACGACCCGGACCAACCUUCAGCUCCCAUUCAUCCCCCGGCAAUCGACCCCCUUCAUCCCUCUCCUCGACCCCCAUCCAGCCCACCAUACACUAUCCUCAUCCAAUCC